CCCGCAAGUCCUUCCCCGCCCUCGUCGGCUCCGGCGCCUCCAUGGCCGCCGGCGUCUUUGGCCCCUGCGGCUUCAGCCUCCCGCACAUGCACCCACGCGCCACGGAGCUCUUCGCGAUCACGGCUGGCAAGGUGCACACGGAGAUGGUUGUCGAGAACGGCGUGCGAGUGGGCAACGCAACGACCGGACGCCGCUUGAUCGAGACGGAUGUCGGUGCGAACCAGAUGACGGUGUUCUAUCAGGGUGCGGUGCACUCGCAGUUCAACAUGGGCUGUGAGAAUGCGACGUUCGUGGCGGGCUUUGGGAGCGAGGACCCCGGAGCUGCGGUCGUUGAUCAGGAGGUGUUGGCCUUGGCUGAGGGUACGUUCUUGGCGCCGUUUGGGACUGUGGUUGAGGGGCAUGAUGUGGACGCCUUUCAGGGGAAGAUCUCUCCGAGCAUCACCAAGGGCGUCGAGAAGUGCCUGAAGGCGUGUGGGAUCAAUAAGAGGGCUAUUGUGUAGAUGCGGACAGGCUGAUAUGUCGGAUUGGUAUCAAGCUCCGGGAUGAGACAUUGCUUGCUUCUUGAUUUAUUUAUCUUACAUAUUUAGAUUACUUUUAGAGUUGCAUUUCGGAAUCGUUUUCUAUAUGAUUUACGUGUCUUCAGUGAUUCGGGGGGCCAUAUGAAGCACGAACUAAGUCUUGGGAUAUUUGGUGCGUGGUGAUUCAAUGGAUAAUGAAUAUCGCAGUUAUAGCGCAGUUUGCAAUCGCGACUGUGGUAAAAGUUCUGUAUAUUUUGUGGGACUAGAGGAUGCAUUGGUUAUCAUGAGUCGAUAUUAUAUUACAUCACAAUCAAUAUAUCACAG